CCAAUAAAGUAUCAUUUGGAGGGUGACCUUCAACAACAAUUCAUACAAAAACGUAAAAAACUGAACGAGGAUGAAUAUUUUAAUGAUUCUGACAAGAUUUUUCAUAAAAAAUUACGCUCUCAGAAGUUUGUUCCACCUCACUUUAAACGCCAGUUUUUAUGCUCGUCUUUAAAAACUUCACAAAGUAAAGUUCUACAAACUUUACCAAAUAAUGUUCUGCGAUAUUGUCCAGAACCUCGUUCUAACUUUAAUCAAAUUAUGUUAAAUAAUGAUCAUGGGAUCUUGAGAAGCAUUGAAAAGCCUCCCGGAAUCAUGCAUGAUCGUUUGUGUAUGGUAAAUAAUCAAUAUCGAAUUCCUACGACCAACGUUAAUAUUUCUAACAAUACUCGAAUGGUUCCUAUUAACGGGUCCAAUGUC